CUUCUUUUUUACACAGUUGAAUAAUACGCAUCGAAAAUAAGCGAAGUGAAAUAGGAUAUUCUUUACUUUACAACCCCAUCACCACCACCACCCAUUCACCUGCUUGCAAAAGAAAAGUGAGAAGCAACAGUUACAGAUGGUCGAUUCUCAAACAGCUGCCGCGAAAAACUUGAAUGGCGUUACAUCACCCUUAAAACUUAAGAUUAAUCAUUGGUUUGCUGUCUCCUCAUGGAAAUGGUGUACAAAUGAUGAUGAUUGUGGGAUCUGUCGAAAUGCAUUUGAAACGUGUUGUGCUGACUGUAAACUUCCCGGUGACGACUGCCCACUUGUCUGGGGUCAAUGUAAUCAUUGUUUUCAUAUGCAUUGUAUUAUAAAAUGGUUGAAUAGUCAACAGAUGGCUCAACAGUGUCCAUUGUGUAGACAAGAUUGGCGAUUUCGAGAAUAAAACUUCAGUUGGCUUGUUGUUGUUGUUGUG